AUAAAAUAUCCCUGCAAUAAAUCUGAGAUUACGCAGGAGGUUCAGUGAGGCUCAGGACACCCAGUAUGUACAGAAUUGACACAAAGAUCUGAAAUUUAUUUUAUUCUAUGAUUAUUAUUUAUGAUUAUUUGUGUCGUAUACAAUGCUUUCUAUACUAUGACAUUUUUUUUCAACAUACUACAAUAUAACAUUUAAUUAAUAUUUCUGACAAAUUGUAUUAUUUAUACCAUUGAUUUUAAUGCAGGUAUGAAAUAUUCCACUAUUAUCAACAGUUCGAUAGCUGACUGUUUGUGCUGUUUGGUGCUCUGAGCAUUUAUUGUUUUUGUAUCGGCGAGAACACCGACGAUCUUCCGUCAUCCCGUUUGAAUUCGGUGGGUUUCAACCAACGGAUCUUUGGAGGCCUGCGACGUUUGCGUUACCAUGGAAACGGCAUCUCGGCGCGUUCGUAGAAACGUUUAGAAAUGAGAAAACCUUUAAGAGACAAGUCUUCGGAGACAACGGGAGCGAUGGACCGCAGGAGCCUCCGGGCAGCGGAGCCCCCGGAGGACGUCACCAGCGUCCUCCUGCAGCUGCGCCGGGCCGGGAAACGGCUGGAUGAGCUGACGCAGCCGCGCCGACACAAAUUGAAUAGUUUGGUCCAGCGCAACAUUGAGUUGCAUGCAGAGAUGAAGAAAUUGCCGGAUGCAUUUGUAAUCCAUUAUCGGCCGGAAGAAGACGCUCGUAGCGUUUCUGAGGAAGCACAGAGGGAGAUGAAAGUGAGGCUAGAGUUGGACGCGGAGCUGGAGAGGCUAAAGCUGGUGUAUGCUGAGGAGAUGGGGAAGAAACUAGAGCAAGAGCGUCUGAGACAGAAACGCUUUGAGUGUAAGCACUUCAUGGAGCAGGCCAUCGGGCUGACCAAGUUUGAGAACAUGCAGGCGGUCAAGGAACAUGUGGAGAAUCUUCUCUACGCUCGGGACCUAUUCCAGAAGAAGGAGGAAAAGGCGAGUGAGCAGGUGGACCGGCUGAGAACUCGGCUGGUGACUCUGGAGAGCAAUCGGCGCCUGUCACGCCUGGAGAAGGACGGCCGGCUGAUGCAGCUCCUCAGGGAGACAGAGAUGAUGCGCGCCAAAACGCUGGACUGGGAAAAGCAGUGGAACUACAUUCAGGAAACGACUACGAGUAAAAUACUCAGGCUGGGGCAGGUUAAGAUGGCGACCCUUAACCUCUACGAAAUGACAAUCGACAACGUGGACGGAGACAAAGACCUGGACAAGAAUGACACAAGGACACAGCUGGAUAAGAUUGUUGCGUUCAUCAAGGACCAUGACAAAAUACUGGAAAAAUAUGUACAGAAAAUACAACAGUCGAAGAAGAAAGAAAGAGCCCAAAAGCUCUGUUGAAUCACUUGUAUUAGUAGUUGUUCUAAUGUAAAACCUGAAGACAUUAAAGCGAUCAACAACUUGGGUUCAUUCA